AUGUCAUCCUCUGGAUCAGACCCUUUUGACAAGCUACCCGCGGAGCUCCGUGUCCGCAUCCUCGUCUCGACUAACUGCAUACUACCCAUAUUGCAGCUAAUUCAAGCCUCCCCAAUCAUGCUUGAACAAUUUCUUGCAUAUAAGCAAUACAUUGUACAACGUGUCCUUGAUUUCGACAAAGACAUGAUGCAAGAUGCCAUGGCAAUUAUUCUGCUUCCAGAUCUCUUUGAAGCCAAUGAUAAUACUCGAUCGAGCGCGGGUGCAGUUCUUCGUCUCUGGUUAAACUAUCGGCUUCCCAACCCAUUCAAGAAUAAGUCCAAACACCUGGCCAGUCAGCUGAGCGAAUUGACCAGCCGAAUGAUUUUCUUAGCCGAGGAUUACAUCACCAAAGCUACUGCCCCCUUCCCGCCCCGCGAGUAUCAUUGCCUGCCGUCGAUUCACCAGCCAUCAAUCAAUGGACACUCUUUAUUUAAAGGUGUUCAAAUAACGCCGCGAUUAGACAUCACAAGCCUCAGUUCCCUUGAAAUGAAACGGGUUGUCAAAGCUUUUCUAAGGUAUGAGUUAUCAUGCAAGGCCAGCGACCACUUUCUUAAGAGGUAUUGGGAGACCAUUGAACGAAGGAUCAACAAGGCAGAAUCAGAAGCCAUCCAAUGUGUUCAUGAAUAUUGCUGUUCUCUCUAUGGUGCACUCUUUGCCCAGUGCUCUGACACCCAACUUCCGACUCGUCCAACCGGGGCUUUGUUGGGAACCGAGGAUGAAAUACCAGACCAAUUUCAUUUCGACCCAGACGCCUACGCACAUAAAUUCGAUCAGCUUUUUGGACCCGGACUUAACGGUGGCAAAUUCCCCGAACAUGCGAACAGUUUUGCAGCUCUUGGCCUCGACCGUCUCGUCGAUUUUCUUCGUUACGAUGUGAGCAAGGCGGAUGACAGGGAGGCCCUCAUGACUCGGUUGCAAAACGUCUGGAUUCGUGAGCAGAAUUAUCUCUAUUGGGUCGCUGACAGCAUCUUCACAUCAAAUUACGAAAACAGACCAGCAGAUUCCUUUUCCGGCAUGUACAAGGAGCUUUCUUUACACAACCGCUGCGAGCUCGCACUUGACAUUGGCCGACAACGGGCUUGGAUCUUCUUCGACGACAGUCGCCUCUACCCGCAAGAUAGCGUCGAACGACCAAACUUCCCAACAGACUAUUUCAUCAAGACAAGUUGUGUUGACGCAGACUGGUUCAGGGACUCCUUGUUCGCAAGAGAAAAGAGACGAAAACGAUUGGGCCGUGAAGAGGGGAGAAAGAGGCGAUUGCUAAAUGCAGGCCUCACAUGA